AUUUAGUCCUUAAAGUAUAUAAAAUCUGUUAACUUAGUCCCUGUUAUUAAGAUGUCAGGGACUAAAUUGAAGGAUUUUCAUAUACGGGUUUCAUAUACUCGGGACUACUUAUCAUAUGUAUAUCAUUUAGGUACUAAAUUGGAGAGAGUGGUAGUUUAGAGACUAGAUUGGUGGUUUUUUAUUCCAGCUAGAUUAUAGCACAGUUGGGUAGGUUUAACUGUUGUGGCAAUUAUGCAUAUUCCAGCGGUGGUUUUCUGUUUCGUUAUGAAUAAUGGGUUAGUAAACUGGUUUAAGAUAAACUAGAACUUUGGAGCAUUGCCAUUUUACAGUUUUGCUUACGAACUUGGAUUUUCUAAGAAGGAUUUCCUUUUUAAUUUGGCAGGUAUGAAACUUCAAAAGUUGGGAGGGCAUUAGUGAUGUUCUUUUAGACUUUUCUUCUAAGGCAUAAAUUUUCCAAAAUUUUAUUUUUUUCUCAGCUCGUAUUUUGCUUCCAUUAUGGAUGCUUGAGAAGCAUAGAAUGUCUGUCAUGGAAAUUCAGAUCAAUAAAAAAAUUGAAAUUCUAUUAUCUUUCAGCAAAGAAGAAUUUUUAAUUAUUGUUUCCUAUAUUUCUUAUUCUGUGAAGUAUUGCCUCUUGUCAAUACGGUUUUGAAUUGGAAGUGGGUUCCUUUUUUUCAUUUUUUUUAGCAUUUCUUAGUUUGAUGGAAGAAUUGGUAUGGUGAUUUCAUUCAGCAGAGUCUAUUGUCCAUAGUUCAUGUCUGCACUCGUGAUCAUUAUGAAUUUCAUAAUUAAACGGUCUUUUAUCUCUUAGUCUGCGUUUCAUUUAUGAAUGAUUUCUGACGAGGUUUAUUGUCUUGUUGAUGAUGUUUGGUCUGGUAUUCAUGUUUAUUGUUCUUGUGACCUAUGUUAUAUAUUUGUACAUAAAUAUACAACACUAUUAUCUCUUUGAAGGUUUAAAUGACACCACAUAUUGGAUAGAAAGAAACCAUGACUUUAAAUUUAACUGCAACAUCUAAAAAGCUUUGCAGCUUUUUUGUCAAACAGUGAGUUGCUGAAAGCCACAUUAUUUAUUUUGGACCUUAACCGAUGGACAAGGGACCACCUCCUACCCUCUUUGUCAAUGAUGGUUCGUUUAUGGAGAGGUUCAGGCAGCUCCAACAAGAGCAGGAGAGGGGGAAAAAUGCCAAGCCAGAGGACUCUAAACCAAUUAAAGUUGUUUCAGGACCUCUGACUUCCAAACCCUCCAUUAGUAAGGCUAAUGAUGCAAAGAAAUCUUCACAGGGUGGUUCCAGUGGCAAACUUGCUUUCAGCUUGAAACAAAAGUCAAAGCUAGUACCACCCCCUGUUAAGUUGGCUGAUGACGAUGAAGAUGAAAUAGAUGCUGGGUAUGUUUCAAUUGAUGCACUGACAAAACGGCAAAAAUUGGGUCAGGAUGACGGCAUUGAGCAAUCAUCAAGACAGCUUGAUGUUGCACCUCCUCCCCCAAGUGAUCCUACAGUGAAGAAAGUUGCUGACAAAUUUGCAAGUUUUGUGGCUAAAAAUGGAAGGCCAUUUGAGGAUGUUACAUGGCAAAAAAACCCUGGAGACUCACCUUUCAAGUUUUUAUUUGAUGUUAAAUGUUCUGACUAUAAAUAUUAUGAACAUCGGCUUGCUCAAGAGGAGAAGGCCCUUUCACAGUCCAACGAACCACAGGCAUAUCAAAAUGGGACAAGCAUUCCAUCUUCCAGACCAACAAAUGGUCCUCAGAGAUCGUCCCAGCAGCAGUCAACUUACCAAAUCCCUGCCUCUGCUUUAUAUGAUAGUGCUGACGUACCAAGGGGUUCUGGAUCUGCAGGACAAGCAUUUUCAGUUGGAAGCUCGGAUGAGCCCGGUGGAUCAUCAAAGGCCAAUUCUUUAGCACUAAUGGAGUUUUACAUGAAGAAAGCCGCACAGGAAGAAAAGUUCAAACAACCUAGGCAUUCAAAAGAUGAGAUGCCCCCUCCUCCAUCUCUUCAAGGCUCAACUUAUGAUGCUUCAGCUUCAGGGAAAAAAGGCCAUCACAUGGGUGAUUAUAUUCCUCAGGAAGAACUGGAGAAGUUCUUGGCUAGCUGUAACGAUGCAGCAGCUAUGAAAGCUGCAAAGGAGGCUGCUGAGAGGGCCAAAAUUCAGGCUAAUAAUGUGGGCCACAAGCUUUUAUCAAAAAUGGGUUGGAAAGAAGGUGAGGGUCUAGGGGGCUCUAGGAAGGGUAUUGCAGAUCCUAUAAUGGCAGGCAGUGUUAAGAAAGAUAACUUGGGAGUAGGUGCUGUCCAACCUGGGGAGGUGACUCCUGAGGAUGACAUCUAUGAGCAGUAUAAAAAGCGGAUGAUGCUUGGCUACCGUCACAGGCCAAAUCCUCUGAACAAUCCUCGCAAGGCUUACUACUGAACAAACAUCGCCGAAAGCUUAUGUCAACUGUAUUGUUGGUAAAGUAUCCCUUUAGAUGGUAGAUGAACUUGUGCAGUCGUUACGGGAUUUUGUGAACGUUUGCGCUUUUUCUUUUUUGGAACAUCAAAAUUUUCUUUUGCCUUUUUUGUGGGGGAGAAAUGUGUUUAUUACUAUCAUCACAUGUUUAGCUAACAAAGAAUAAUGUUUUUACCGUUUGAGCUUUUGGAGUGUGUUAUUAUUAUUGGCACAGUUAAAAGAAUUGCUUUCUUUUGUUGUUAAAAUUUAA